GUACGUAAGUCACUAUGUUGUCCCCGAAGAUUGUUCUGAUUACUGGUGCCAACAGAGGGAUUGGUCUGGAGUUUGUCAAACAGUUCCUUCUUCUCAAGUCGCCACCAAAAGUUCUUUUCGCUUGUUGCAGACAGCCGGACACUGCAAAGGAUUUAAAAGGGUUAGCCACAGGAAAUCCGUCAGUGCAUGUCCUGAAGUUAGAUGUGUGUGAUCAAUCUUCAAUUGAUAAUGCCAAGAAAUUUGUGGAGUCGAAAUUGCAAGGCGAGGGGUUGAAUCUGCUCAUCAAUAAUGCUGGAAUCAUCGAUCGCACCAACAUAUAUGAGGCCAGUCGUGAGGAGAUGGCAAAAAUAUAUGAAACCAAUGCCAUUGGACCACUGAUGGUGGUUCAGAGCUUCUUACCCCUGUUGAAGCAAGCAGCAAGAGCCGACUUCUCUGCUCCAAUGUCAUGCAACCGUGCGGCCAUUAUAAACAUAUCAACAACCCUUGGAUCCAUUUCAGAAAACUCUUCCAGCGGAUAUUACGGAUACAGAGCAUCUAAGGCUGCAUUAAACAUGAUCACAACAAACAUGAGCCUUGACCUUAAGGCUGAAGGUAUCCUAGCAACAGCCAUCCAUCCGGGUUGGGUGAGGACAGAUAUGGGCGGGCCAGAUGCCGCGAUUGACACUGUCACCAGUGUGAGAGGGGUAAUGGCUGUCAUGGAGAAGCUACAAGGGGAGGAGGGCACUGGAAAGUAUUACGCAUAUAGUGGUCAUCAGAUUGGCUGGUAGAUGCCAGCUGGUAGAAGAAUACUGGCCAUGUUAUUGUCUCCACAGUGUUACAUUUCCUUGGUUAUGUAUGGUCCUUUUUAUGUCACCAAAAUAAUUUCUAAAUGUUUUACACUCAUGUGUACCUGUUGUCUAUAAGUUAUAAAAAUAUUCUAGGAAUACAUGUAUAUUAUUUAUGUUAAAUACUAUAGUUUCAAAAUAGGCAGUUCUUUGUGCAUUUUCUAUGCUUGAUAGUCGAUAUAUAUAUAAUACAUGAUGAAUAAUUUUGAUAAAUUACACAUUGUGGUCUUUAUUAUCUAUAUAUAUUCUUAAUAUAACUUUUAAUAAUG